AUGGCAGCAGAACCAGCAGAAGGAAAGCGUGAAUGGCAGCGCACUCCUUCCAAUAUACCAGUCGGAUAUAUUAUAUUAUGUACACUAUGUAUGACAUCCUUAUAUUCAACUAUCUUAUCAUUCCACAUGACUGUUAAUAUGGUUCACUCUUAUGGAAAUGGUUCAGAGAGUGACUUUUACAACGUAUCUGAUUAUAUAAGACAUCAGGAUGGCGAACGAAACGUUACGGUUCGGAGACACAAAUUCUUAUCCAAUCCUCAAAAAGAAUCUUUGAUCACCGUUGUCCCUAUAGGUGGAAUAUUAUUUUAUGUUCCAGCCGCUCUUCUUUAUAAUCAUCUCGGUUUCAGGAGAACAUUCGUUAUAAUGGCAGCAAUAGGCAUAAUCCCUGAUAUAUUACUACCGGCUGUUACACGAGCUCAAACAUAUGUCCUAGCUAUUAUGAUUCGUAUUAUACAAGGGUUCGCUCUUGCAUCUUUCAUUCCGUAUGUGUGUAAGUUAUCCGUUUUCCUGCCUUUCCAGCAUAUGGCAAUUCCUUCCAUCGCUUUCGCUUUCAUCCAGUUAGCAGGGUUUUUCACUUUCCCUUUAUCUGCAAUUAUGUCGUGGUCGUCAUUGGGCUGGCAUUCCGUACAUUACGGAUCUGCUAUUAUGACGUUUUGUCUUGUGAUCCUCUGUUUGAUCUCAACAUCAGGUGAAUCAUUCAAGAAGAAGUCAUCUGAAAUGGGAUUUUUGAGAGCGUUGUUCCGAUACGAUAGAUCCCGCUCAAAACAAAUUUCGUUGCAACUACCAUACCUAUCCAUUUAUCAAGAUGUGCGCGUAUGGUCAUGCUUGAUUGCAGGGUUGGGUUACUUCACUACAAUCCAAUUAUAUCUACAAUGGGGACCAACUUUCCUCAAUAAAGUUGCUGAUUUGAAUAUCAUCACUACGGGAUUAGUGUCUAUGGUUCCACCGUUUGUGAACUUAUUUGUUGGCUUUCUUGUUUAUAUCAUAUUCCCUCAAAUGGCAAAUGAAACGACUACGAAGCUACGGUUAUUCAACAGCUUAGGAACUGUAGUUCCAGGAAUUAUAUACAUAAUCAUCGGGUGCUUGGAUGCUAAAAAUCACUAUGGAGUUGCAGCGACUUUGUAUGUCGUUGGCUCUUCGUUCCUAGGAUUCUGCUCCUGUGGUUUCCUUCAUAUGCUUCAACUACGAUCUGUUCAAUACCAUUUAUUCAUUCUCAUAAAUCUCUUCAGUGUCAAUUUGGGCUCGAUGUUUUUGUGUUCUUUAUUGAAUGUUCUCAUUGCGAAGAACAACGAAUAUACUUCAUGGGCUGUGGUGUUCAUUGUUCAAGGAGUAAUAUUGAUCGUUACCAAUUUGAUCUUUUGCUUGUUCGCCUCAGAUGAAAAAGCACACUGGGCAGCUGAAGGUUUCGAAGAUACCUCCAUUCAACCAAGACGUGAAGAUCCUCUUCCACAACGCCCGCUAUAA